CACCUUUUCUUCCGCUUUUCCAUCACUUUUUUUGGACGAUAUAGGUACCCUAGAACACGUGACCACAACUUUAAUAGCAAGUCAAUCUACCAUUACCACCCAAACCCAAGCAAAAGUCGAUAGCCAAGGAGCCAAGACAGAACUAUCAGUUCCGCAACCAUCAACAAGUAGUUUGAUACCAAUUUCGUCCUCCAUUGUCGACAAAAGUGCAAACGAUUUUGCGAUCGCCAACCAUCAAGCAUCCGCCAAGGAAAACACCGAACCAACAUCUCCCACCACCAACACCCUCCAGUCAGCACAGCGUACUCAGAAGCGUUCCAAUACUUUUAUAACCGAUUCACUACCUUCCGCUAAAUUUUCUAAGCGACGCUUAUCGGAAGUUUACCCUACCCUGUCUUCAGAAGACAACGAAGAAUCUCGUAUGCCCAUGGGAAAAAUGAAUAAGAACCCCACAAAGAAACCAAAAUCCACACCCUAUUUAGGUGAUACACAGCCUGCCAUCGUGGAACACCAUCCUGAUUUAGGCAACCCUAAUCUUUUUGGUAAGACCCACCCUAUUGGAACGUCAUCCCCACCAACAACCCUGCCAGCCGAUGCUCCUGCAUACAUCGUUGACCUCUUCCAACUGGUUCAAGCCCAAAACAACAGGCUCAAUCAACUGGAAGCUCUCCUUGCUGAGAAUACUAAGCUCAAAAGUGAAAAUGAGCAGCUGAAAAAACGAAUUCAUUUCCUCCAACGCGAAAAACGCCCCACACCCUCUCUUGUAGUAGACGAUGAUGCAAAUAAUAACAUGCUACUCGAUAUUCCUACUAGAGAACCAAAUGACUUUUCCUUUAAGUUACCCUGUCACACCCAAAUCCCUUCCGAUAUCCCCUCAUCUGACGCCUCUUUUCGAACAACCCAAGGAUCUCAAGCAUCCAAAUAUGCCACCGUCCCCGCCGCUACCCCUAGCACUACUACUACUACCAAAAUGACACCGUAUCAGGCAGCAGCUCAUCGCGGCCUCAAGGCAUCCACCACUGCUAAAAAAUCCAGUAUGAAAAAGCCGAACCCAGCUGCACGUAGGGCUGCAGCUCGCUCUUUCCAAGCCGAAUCAGCCAAUCAAGGCUUUCAAUACAUCUAUCUCCCCAGCCGCGUUAGAGAGCCUCUCUCGGUCGUACGUUCCAAACUCUCAAAGCUGAAUAUCGAUACCUCCCGCAUUCUCGAUAUACAGUUUCCUGCCAAAAAGAUCGUUGGCUUACUCGUCCACAAUGAUUAUGCACCUACUAUUCGUAACCGAUUCCGUAAGGCUCGGCUUAUCACCAUUGAUGACUUUGAUCCCCUCUCCGCGAAUGUUCUCCAUCUCCCUGAACCUUGCUCCCUCUCUGACACCGAAAAAACCGCCAAGGCCCGCGAGUACCAUCUUAACCGCUGUCUCCACGCUCUUGAUUUCAUUCGCAAACCCGUAAGCUUUGCAGUAGCUAAAACCUUUUUAGCCAACUCUUGGAUUACAGACGAUCAUAUCAAACAGCUUGUAGCCGGAACUCCCUUCUUUGACAAAGAUUCCAUAGCCCUACCCCGAACACAACAAAUUGAUAUCUCUCACACUACCAGCUCUUCUUCCCCUACCACAGAUGAUGUUGAAAUGACACCUCACGACAAUGCUAACAUAUCCACUCCCGCUGCGAUUCUUCCUUCAGGUGCCGGUGAACCUGCCUUACACCAAUAAUGAGUAGUCCAUCGGUGACUAUAUCAUGCUGGAAUGUUGUUAAUCCCAAUUGUUCAUAU